AUGCGUAAUCUUCGAAUUACCUCUCAGGUUAAUCACUUCCGUAACAAUAAUAUGUUUCUUGAUGUUGAAUUAAGGCACAAGGGCGAAUCCAUUAAGGCACAUCGCUUAAUCUUAUCCCAAAAUUCCCAAUGGUUCCGUGAAAAAUUGAACAAUGUCAAGCCACCGUCAUAUAAUGAGCCAGUUGUUAUCGAUUUACCAUGGAACGAAGACAACGCUUUCCAGCACGUUCUUGAAGCUAUAUACACAGGUCAUUUACAGCUUACACCAGACAUCGCUCCAGCUGUCCUUAAAGUUGCUGACUUCUAUAAAUUCCGCAACAUUGCAUACCUUACAAGCGACUACAUCAAAGAUUUAGUUAAAACUUACAAUAACGAAAAGAAGGACAUCAAGGCCGAGUACUGCAAGAAGUUCGUAAGCUACCAGCUUCCAGAAUACUACGACAUCCUCGUUGAUUACGCCGCACGUAAAUUCAAGCAACUAUUCAUCGCUGAAGAUCAAAACGAGACUGUUGAUGAAGUCUACAAGAUGUGCGCCGAUGGCAGAUUUAUUGCCAAGAUCUUCAUGCAUCAAGAUACCGAAUCUACAAAGGGAAGAGAUCCAUCUUCUGGCACCCUUUACUACGAUAUCAAGAGUCUCUUCAAAGAUGACGAUGAUGCCAUUUGCGAGCAGUUCGAUGCCUUCUUCAAGAACCACAGAACAAAUAUGACUCUUGAAGAGAAGAAAGCUCUUUCUGAUGUCGAAAUCAUCAACUGGACCAAACAAGAAAAGUACCAGCUCAUCAUCAGACACACAUGCAACUGGUUGGACCCAUCAAUUUCUCGUAAUCUCUACGGAAUAGUACUUUCCAACCGUCGCCAGGUUUGCAAGCAUUUCGAUGGCGACAUCCAAAAGAUCCAGGAGGAGACCGUCAACAGAUGGUACGGCGCAGAAUGGCUUUCUCAGAUUACUUCUGCUAUUGACUCGGAAACAACACCAGAAAUCAAUGUUGUUAAGUUCAUGACAACACUUGGUGGUGCUGUAGACUACGUCGAUCCAGAAUUAUACGGUUUCAUCAACCCAGAGAGUCCCAAUUCUAAAAACUCUCCAGAAGAAAUCAUCCAGGAGCGCCAGCCAAAGAAUGCAUUCCGUGAUGAUACCAUUUGCUUCACAGCUCUCCAGUGCAUCCUUGGAGAUUUCAAGCAGUACCAAUUCCACGUCGAUUUCGGACCAAGGGCCAUUUUCCAGGCCCACUCAAUUUUGGUCGAUAUGGAUAACAUGUACAGAAACCUUGAAGUUACUGAUAACCAGUCAUGUAUUGUCGAUCCAAAGCGUCGCAAGUCACACAAGCUUCCUCCAAAGGUUUACGUCCAGUCUUGUCCAGAUAACAAGACAGAAGCAUUCGUUCCAGAUGGUAUCGGUGUAAAUUGGCAGGAAUUCGAACACACUCUUAACAAAUUUGUUGUUACAGUUGAUAAGGAUGAACCUACAAUCUUCCUCCGUUACGUUGAUAUCAAGGGAUGCUUCUUACCUACAAUUCAACUUCCAAAGAAGUAA